UCGUCAAGCUCAGACUCAUACUACGCCCUCCAACCAGACUCGACCUACGGAGCCGUCCACCACACCAAAUCCCCCCUCGCAACGCAUCACCACCCCGCCGACCAUCAAGAGAUCAUAUGGGACUAUUCCGAAACUGAAUGGUGGGGUUGGAUUAUACUGAUUGUAACAUGGCUCGUCUUCGUCGUGGGAAUGGGAAGCUGUUUCGGGGUUUGGAGUUGGGCCUGGGAUGUUGGAGAGACACCAUAUGCGCCGCCUGAGCUCGAGGAUGAUCCGACACUGCCGAUUGUUGGGUAUUACCCAGCGUUGAUUAUAUUAACGGCUGUUAUGUCGUGGGUGUGGGUUGUUGUUGCUUGGGUGGGGAUGAAGUAUUUCAAGCAUGCGAAUAUAUCGGGAGAA